AUGCAAUCGAAUUCAAUAAAACAUGUCAAAGAUAAUGUAAUUCUAAGCAAUUUCAACAGACAUCGACCGCGACCUGAGAGUGAAAUUGAAGAACGUGCUGUUACAAGUUUUACAACGGAGCAACGACAAGUACAACAUCAACUGCUGGCAGAUCACAAUGCCUAUCGAGCAGCUCACUGUGCGCCAGCAUUGAAACUCGAUGACAAACUCAGUCGUUCGGCUCAAGAGUAUGCAGAAGAGCUAGCAAGAACAAACACAUUUGAGCAUAGCACUUUGACUGAUCUUGGAGAAAAUCUAUUUUUGAUGGAAAGCAGUAGACCGAUAACUGAUCUCAUCGCAGCUACAAAACAAGCUUCGAAGGGUUGGUAUGCCGAAAAAAACGAAUAUGACUUUGAUACAGCCGUGUUCAGUGAAGAAACCGGUCAUGUCACUCAGCUUCUCUGGUGGGAAACAACACACGUCGGAGUUGGAUAUGCAACUAGAAAACACGGAUCUAAAUAUAAAAUGUUUCUUGUUGCUCACUAUCUUCCACCUGGUAAUGUGGAUGGCCUCUUCUAUGACAAUGUCCUUCCAGUUGGAUGCAAGCAUUAG